CUAUUGUGUUGUGUGUGGAGAUCUCUCAGAGCAGCAGCCCCUGAUCAUGUGACUCCUCCUCCUCCAUGUGACUGAUCACAUGACGGUGACAUCAUCGUAGGUCCUGUAAGCACACGGCUCCUCUACAGAUACAGGUUUCUCCAAUCCAGGAUCCUCUGCUGAUAUCUUCUAUAUAAGAGAAUUCUCCUGGAUGACCCAUCAACCAUGGAGAGAGACAGGAACAAGAUGGCCGACAGGAUCAUAAACCUCACCCUACAGAUACUCUUCCGGCUUACUGGAGAGGAUUACACAGUAGUGAAGAAGUCCUCUAGUGGGCGCUGUCGGGCCCCUGUGUGUGAAGGAUGGGGAAAAACCCUGAGCCCAAUCCCGGGGCCCCCACCUCACUCCCUGAUACAUGAGGAAAUGGAUGAACAGAAGAUCCGAGAACUCAUCAACAAGAUGAUGGAGCUGCUGACUGGAGAGGUUCCUAUAAGGUGUCAGGACGUGGCGGUCCAUUCCUCCCUGGAGAAGUGGGAGUAUGUAGAAGGACACAAGGAUCAGUACAAGGAUCAGGUCAUGAUGGAGGAUCAGCAGCCCCUCACAUCACCAGUCAGAUCCAGUAAGAGAACAGCACCAGAGAGGUGUCCCCGUCCUCUUCUUCCACAGGAUGAUCAGGGUGAAGAUCCGAACAAUAUUAAUACUGCAGAGACAGAUGUGAGCGAUGAUGAGCAGUAUAAGGAUGACAUUCCUACAGGGAAAGAUCUGAUCUAUAUUAAUGCUACAGACAUAAAGGAAGAAGAAGUGACAGAUGUGAGCGGUGAUGAGCAGUAUAAGGAGAACAUUCCUACUAAGAAAGAUCUGAUCUAUAAUAAUGCUACAGACAUAAAGGAAGAAGAGGAGACAGAUGUGAGCGGUGAUGAGCAGUAUAAGGAGAACAUUCAUACAGAGAAAAAUUCAAUCUAUAUUAAUGCUACAGACAUAAACGAAGAAGAAGAAGAGACAGAUUUGAGCGGUGAUGAGCAGUAUAAGGAGGACAUUCCUACAGGGAAAGAUCUUGUCUAUGUUAAUGCUACAGACGUAAAGGAAGAAGAAGAGACAGAUGUGAGCGGUGAUGAGCAGUAUAAGGAGGACAUUCCUACAGGUAACUGCCCAGAUUCUUGUAGCAGGAGAUCAGAGGAGAAUCUUAUAUCUUCAGAUUAUAAAGCAGAUGAUGAUAUCACACAAGAUACAUAUGAAGAACAUUCCAUUAUCCCAGAUACACCCUCAGCCCUUCACAGCCAAGAUCUGUCAUCUCAUCCUUAUAUACAGGUCCUGUCUUCUCAGUCAUCACAGGAUGUUCACCAAAAUAAAGGUCACAGAAGGGGUGUUGGACAUAAACGAGCUCAUACAGGAAAGAAACCAUAUUCAUGCUCAGAUUGUGGGAAAUGUUUUACUAAGAAAUCACAACUUGUUCAACAUCUAAGAACUCACACAGGAGAGAAGCCGUUUUCAUGUUCAGAAUGUGGGAAAUGUUUUAAUCAGAAAUCAAGUCUUUUUAGACAUCAAAAAAGAACUCACACAGGGGAGAAGCCAUAUUCAUGCUCAGAAUGUGGGAAAUGUUUUCCGGAGAAAUCACAUCUUGUUCAACAUCAAAGAACUCACACAGGGGAGAAGCCAUUUUCAUGUUCAGAAUGUGGGAAAUGUUUUAAUCAGAAAUCAAGUCUUUUUAGACAUCAAAGAACUCACACAGGGGAGAAGCCAUUUUCAUGUGCAGAAUGUGAAAAAUGUUAUACUGCAAAAUCAAAGCUUGUUCAACAUCAAAGAACUCACACAGGGGAGAAGCCAUUUUCAUGUUCAGAAUGUGGAAAAUGUUUUAUUGUGAAAUCAAAUCUUGUUAAACAUAAAAGAACUCACUCAGGAGAGAAGUCAAUUCAGAGCAAUAAAUGAUGCAGAUAACAUCUAUAUAUUAUCCAUGUACAUAGGAUAUCUGACAUUUAUACAUAUAUCAUAUACUGCAUCUCCAAACUUGUUACCAAUUGUUAAUAAACGUUUUCUUUCUUAUAUUAUUUAUUAUUCUUACAUUCAUCUCUGCACACUGGACUUAUAAUAAAUGUAAUAUUGUCCCUGAGGUUGUAUAUAGGGAAUGUAACACGUCAGUGUUGUCCCCGCCCCCUUCUCAUUAUGAUUAUAGAGACUUUAAUUCAAGGCAUCAGACAGGAUCCGCGCGUCUCCCUUGAAGAUCGUCUCUUCUGAACAUAAGACGCUGCAGAUACUUUUAUUUAUCACAAACC